UGCUGUUGAAGCGAGCAGCUGACCUGGUGGAGGCUCUGUACGGGAUGCCACACAACAACCAGGAGAUCAUCCUGAAGCGAGCGGCCGACCUCACGGAGGCGCUCUACAGCGUCCCCCGCAGUCACAACCAGCUGCCCUCUCUCACCGGCUCGUCCGCUCACUCAGGGAUGAUGGGCGUGAACUCGUUCAGCAGUCAGCUCGCCGUCAACAUCUCCGAGGCCUCUCAGGCCGACCAGGGUUACUCCCGUAACUCCAACAGCGUCUCUCCUCGCGGCUACGUGCCGAGCUCCACCCCUCAGCAGUCCAACUACAACACCAUCACGUCCACCAUGAACGGAUACGGAGCGGCGGGGAUGACCAACCUGGGCGUACCUGGAUCCCCCAGCUUCCUCAACGGAUCCACGGCCAACUCUGCUUACGCAAGCCCUUAUUCAUUCUCUCCUGUCCAUAUGGUUUCUGCAGUCAAACAGAAGAGCGCCUUCGCCCCUGUCGUGCGGCCACAGACCUCCCCGCCCCCCACCUGCACCACCACCAAUGGCAGCAACCUCCAGGCCAUGGCCGGUCUCAUCGUCCCGCCCAUGUGAGGAUGAUAGGUUUGGUCUGACUCCUCCCCUCCCUACCCCAGCACCGAUGGCCCCGCCCACCCGAAACACCGCCACAAAAACAACGAGAAAUCCCUCCCAUCAUCCCUCGCUCCCGCCCUGCUCCUGGUAAAGGGCCCCGAAUCUUCACCUGUCACCACGGCAACAGUGACGACAACAACAGCAUCCAGCUCGUUCUGUUUUCUGAUGAUGUCACAAAAGUCAGAGGCCACGCCCCCUCAGUGGAGGUCGGAGGUCAGGGAUGUGAACUGUGGGCAGGGCGGGGGCGGGGCGUGCAGUAACAUUUAACAGGUUAGUUUGAGUCGUGGGCGGAGUUUAACCACUGUGAGACAGGAAGGAGGCGUGUCCACCGGGAGCUUCACAUUUAAAGGGCCAGUCCACAGUUUCUAUAUUUGAAAUCUUUUGUUUUCAGUCAAACUGAUCCAGAUUCAGUUCAGAUUAAACCUGAAAACAGAACUUCAUCUGAUCCACAAACAUUUAGACUCAAACCUGAAACCAGAAGUGAAACCACGUUUGUUUAAUUUCAUCUGGAAACGAAGAAACACACCAAAGAACCCCGAAAACGAAAAGAGUCCAAAACAAUUAAUAUGAAAGAUUCACAUGAUUCAUAUCAAAUCCUCCUCAUUGUCGCUCUUCACUUCAAAUGAGACGGAGACGACGGGUCAGAUUAUUAGGAACCAACAUUUCAGUGUGAGUGAACAGUUGAAAUAAUGACAUCAUCGUCCUGUCUCUGGUUGGUUGGUUUCGUGAGUCGUGGUUGCCACGGUGACGAAACGUUCACUCCUCAUGAAAAAUCGGUUUCAGUGUUUUUCAGUCAAAGUUUCUUAACUUCACCUGAAUGUCCGACGCGGUGACGAACUGAACCAGAGCGUCGGUUGAGUCCGGUUGUUGCCGGCGGGUCAGAAGUUCUCGGUGGACACUGAACCUGAGUCGGGUCCAAAAAACCAGGAGGAAACGUUUUCCUUUUCAAAUCUGGAAAAUAAAAUCCGUCAGACGGUUUCCAGAUUUUAAUCUGAGAUCCUGAACUUUUUCCCACAAACCCAGAGGAGCAGAAAACUGAUCCACUUCUUUUUUUCUACUUUUUGGUUUCAUCCUCUGAAGAAGGAAACUUUUCUCAGAUAAAGAACGAACACAAGUUUUCUUUCAUUCUCACGUUUAUUUUCGACGUCUCUGGUUUUUGAAUCAGUUUAUUUGUUCUGUUCCGCAGCCGUCGAGUCGUAGAACCAGAAAAAGCUUCAACACUUUUAUUCACAUUAAGGUACCAGGUUUUCUUCUUCUUCCUCUGAUUGUGCUUAUUUUCUAUGUAUUUAUAAAGUUCCUUUGUGAUUUAGGCCUGAACGAUAGUCUCAGAUAUAUAUGUAAACACAUUUGAUGUCUUAAUACCUUUUAGAUAUUGUAAAAAAAGUGAACAAGUGAGAGGAAUUAACCUUUUUGUAAAAAGAGAACAAAAAAAAUACGUCAUGACGUGGUCUCCCUGUUUUUGAAACAGGACGUAAAAAAAAACGCUUUCAUCACUUUUGUAUAAAAAUGCUUUUCCGAUACGAUAUUUAACUUUUUGUAAACAGCAUCAUUUGUGUUUCCCCUGGUUCUUCUUGUCCUUUGUGUAUUAUUGUGAAAUGUAUAAUCAUGGUUAUUUCUUAAUGCACUAUUUUCGUUGGGGCACUUAAUAAGAGCAAUGCAUCCGAGCAAAAAAUUUAAAAAAGCUAAAAGUUUUUUUAAAAAAGAAGAAGAACGAUAUGCACCGAGACGUUUCUUUUCUGUCAGAAAUCCUCGUCGUGUGAACGUUUUCUAUUUCAGAAGCUUCAUAAUAUUCCACCACUUUUACUUUUGAUGUGUAGAAGACGAUAAUAUUUUAUCCAUUAAUAUGAAACUCAAACCUGCUCGUCGUGUUUUUAAAAACAGGCGUCAGAUUUUAAAACCAGUCACUGAUCUCAAGGAACCUUCCAUCGAUGUUGUUGUUGAUGGUGCUGUUUUUCGUCGUUGCACACAAUCCAGAUCAUUUACUUAUGCAACUGUUUCCUGUUCCGUAACGCCAGCUGGUCGUCCACCGCGGGGACGUCCUGUUUGAUGCCUUACGAUCGACCACUGAGUCUCCGCUGCUGUUUUCAUCCUUUAGCUCCGCAGCGUUUACGUAGAACGUUUUCACUCGUCCAGUCGCUCUCCAGUCAAACUGAGAAUUUUAUUUCCUGCACCGAAUGUUCAUCCCUCAAAAUAAAAAGCUACGUUCAAGUGUCCGAUCGCAGCCGCAGGUUUUACUAGAGAAUAAUUAUCACUUCUGUUUGACUUAAAUAUGUUUUAGCAUCGUCACCAGAAAUGACAUAAAACAUUUAUACUGAAAAGAUCUGUAAAUAAAUUACUGUCACAGCAUCAGUGUCAAACCAUGAGAAAGAUUCUCAAACUUAUUUUAACUAAUCUGACGACAUUUCGUUUGUAAAAAUUUAUCCAAAACUGGUCAAAUUCAAAAAUCCCAAUCUGAGAAACAUGUUUUAAUUGAAAUGAAAAGAUUUAAAUCUGGACUUAUAUCUUUAAAGUAGAUAUAGAUUCCUGAUCACAGACAGUGAAAUCAAGAAUUAAUCCACUUUCAUGUUAGAAAUAGUCGUUUUUUUUCAAACUGUAAAGAAAGAAUCAAGAAUCAUCUGUUUCUCCGUCAUAAAAAACUUCGACUUCUGAAGUUUGAGCUGAUUCAACUCUGACUUUAUGCAAAUUCAGCCGGACGGAGAAGUGUCUCUGCUCGGCGUCGCUCAGACAGUGAAAGGAACCUGCAGAGGACAGCGACGCGUCCGUCCACGAACCUUCAGCUCGUCUCCGUCAGCUCGAUGAUCAAAUGUCUCCGUCGUAGAAAGUUUCUUCUCUGCUUUUCAAAGUUACUUAUGUUUGACUCCAAUGUGAACGAGCGCAGAGGAACUGCAUCUUUGUGAAAUAUGAAAUAUAUCAUCAAAGUAUAUUAAAGCACAAUGUUUAAUUAAUGUCUUUAGAAUACAGACGGGGGCGACACCUCCACGUUCUUUCUUUUUCUGUCUCUGGCCAUGCUGUAAAUUGAUGCAUGUUUUUUUGUUUGGUAUUUUCCUGUGAUCCAGUGCUUUUUGUACAGAAACAGUCUAAUAAAGAUUAAAUUUGGCUUGAACCUGA